AUGGAACCAUCCCUUUAUCAAGAUUUCACCUGGAACCAGGUCAAGCCUGGAAGGUGGGAACGCGAUGUUGAUGAAAUCGAACAAUUCUACACCACGUUGGCAAGGAGGUUCCAAGGAACUGGCAAGACCUUUUUCGCUAUGACUGCCCAUGUUUCUUUCUCGGUUAAGCGAACUCAAUCUUCAAUCGAAAGUCAUGAGCUGUAUGUUACGAGUGCGUUGCAGAAAGCAUGGCUGCGACUCCGAUACGACCACCCCACUAUUGCUUCGUGGGUCGAGUACGAUCGCGAGGAAAAGAGAUGUAAGAAGGUCUAUGAGAUGUUUCCGGAUCCAGGGAAUGUACAUGGCUCUGCCUGGCUGAAAGAAACGUUUCGAAUCGUUUCCACCAGCCAGUCAUGCCAGGAUUGGUGCAAUUCAGAUCCGCCUGUGCCUAAGCUACCGACUUUGUUUGUCAUAAAACAACCUACUACUGCAUCAACCAACACCACAUUCUCUGCUGACGUUGUUCUCCGAUCACAACAUGAUAUAAUCGACGGGAUUGGGUCGCUUUAUUUGCUUAACAGCUUGUUCAAAUAUGCAGGUAUUGCUCUCGAUGAUGCAACCGCCUUUCAUAUACCCAGCUUUGGCGAUGAAUGGACAAAUCUCAGUCCCCCAUUCCGAGUAGCAGCCUCCCUUCCAGCUAGCCUGACGGUGGAACAAGAAACGCGAUUGAAGCAGAUUCUGAAGAAAAAUGCCUCUCUUCGGCAAGGGAUUCAAGUUGCGACAAUACCUGUUCAAUCCGAGCAACUUGUUCCUGGGCGCCACCAGCGAGUCUCUCUAAGUUUGGAUUCCCAGCAGACUCAAAAGCUGCUCGUCGCUUGCAAGAGCGUUGGCGCUAGUGUAACGCAUGUAUAUCAUGCUGCAAUUGCGCUCGUCCUGCGCGACGCACAGGAACGAUAUUCCGAGGAGCGCAAUGUUCGAUAUAUCAGCUACUCAUUAAUUAACGAGCGUGCACAUUGCAAAGCUCCAUACAACACGUCGCAGCAUGCGGUCACCGUAUACCACUCUGCUUCUGGACCGAGUCUUGCCAUCGAUUUGAGAGUCCCCGCUGCUGCUGCCGUGACCAGUCAAACAACAGGCGAUGCCGCUUCAGAAUUUGCGCAGGUUCUUGAGCUAGUCAGGGACUACUAUCUCGGAAUCCGGAACGACCCAGAGCAUGUCGCCUUCAUUCCAUCAUACUGGAAGCUUUCAACUCCACCUUAUCCCGACAGCUCAGAUAUUCCACCUAUUCCUUCGCCAAACAAAGCACCCUCCGUCUCAAUCUCUAGUCUGGGGGUGAUUGACAACAUCAUAUCCCCGACACAGGGCCUGUUUGAACUGGAUGUGCCUUGGGUUACGGGAGAGGAGCUCGGGACGGGCUUGGGCCUUUUUCUCGGUACAUUCCGUGGACGUACUUACUUAAGUGCCGCAUACAACGAUGCAUGGCACAAUGAAACAGAGGUUAUGGAAUUUCUGAGCAAAUGCAAUAGCCUUGUGUUUGAGGCUUUUGUUGUGUAG